GCCACAAUGCUCUUCUGGGUCAACUCUACUCAUGAUCAAUAUGCUUGAUGGAAUGAUGGACAUCAGUAGAAAUGACCUCAUUUACCUGCCUUUUCCCCUUGUUACCAUAAUCAAUUAAUCCCACCAAAAGGAAAUAAAAGAGGGGGUAAAUUGGAAAACCUCCACCUCUCUCUCUCGGCUACCUGCAUUCCAUGGCUCAACCGCAGGAAGAAGAAGGGUGGCCACUGCGGUCACAGUUGCAGCCCCUGAAUGCGAGAGUCGUCACAGGGUCGGUCUCCUUCAACACAUUUCUCACUGCUUCCCCCACCUGCUCUGAAUCAGAUUCCUCUUCUGGUCUUGACACCGAGUCCACAGGGUCUUUCUUCCAUGAUAAGAGCAUCACAUUGGGUAGCCUCAUUGGGGCUUCCAGCAUCUUAGAACUGUCCAGGAAAUCGACGAGGGGAAAGAAGAAGAUCAAGGAACCAGUGAAGGAGAAGAAGGGUUGCGGAUCGAAACCAUGGUUAUUCUCCUUGUGUGCAAAAGACCCCGUUCGACGCUUGAACAACAAUGCAGGCAGUGGUCCAUCUCUGGGCCACUUUCUUGCAGUGGAGAGAAGAUCUCACUGGACGCAGCAGAAAUUAAAGCCCGAGAAUGCUCUACCAUAGUAUCUGUUUAUGCGCCCCUAAUGAGCUAGUUCUUUGUGUGUCAUCACUUAGUUCUGAAAGUGCCAAAUUCAGCCAUUUUAAAUGGCUUUCUUGUGUGUGUCAUCAAACCCUCUUAGCUCCUUCCAACUAGCUCAUUGGAUUUUCCUGCUGUUAUUUCCUGUCUGGUGUGCUUUCUUCCCAGUUCACUGUCAAUGUAUUUUGUGCAUGAAUUAUGCAGUAAUUGGCUUCUUAGUAGAUAUAUAAUAUAGGACCAUCAGUUUUGAGGCAAAUGUGAGCAGGCUAGUAGGUGAGUGGAAGGACAAACUGGUGAGAUCAGCAGUAGAAGACUCCAGUACUAGCACACUGACUGUCACAUGGCUCUGAUGCAAAAUGUAUAGUUUUAGGGGUAAAGGAGGAAGCGGCCUGGUUGACUAGUGGCUCCAACAGCCCACAAAAAUGGGUUCUUUUCAGAUGCUACAAAUAUUAUCGAUUAAGUAUCGCAUUAUUAGUUAGUUGUUAAGGAUAUUGUUUUAUAACAGAAUGGAUGAACUGUUGCCG